AUGGAUAUUACUGCAAAACGAGGCGUAAAGAGGAAACGUGAAUCGUACGCAGAACCUCAUCACGGUCUAAAGGCUGUUAAGAAGACAUGCAAGAAAGCCAAGGCAUUCGAAACACAAAGAAUAGUGAAGAAGUUGAAAGACGCAAAACAAGCCGGAGGUGAAGACAUCACUAAAAUUAAAACUCUCGAAUCACAACUCGAUUGCCUUAAGCACAUAGACCUCGAAGGCAUAGCUAUCAAGGCGCUUCGGUCUAAAAUUAAGAAGGACGCACUCCUGUCUAGAGAUGAAGACUGUCAGGGAGCUGUAGAGGCCGAGCUGCCGAGCUCAACAACGAGCAAACCUGCUGCAGAUGUUGGCCCGCCUGAACGCACGGUCGUCGAGAGCCGACUAAUGAGCUCAAAGAUCCUGUCGGCGGGGGUUACCGAUGUAAUAGCGUCCUUGAGGGCGGUGCUUGAUGCAAACAGGCAAGAGACGCCAACGGCCUCGGAUGCACGUCAUAGUGAAGACGGUGAAGAUGAGGAAGUAGCACCGAUGAAGUCAAAAACAACGACAUCUGAACGAAAAUCUGGGGUGAAUGAACGACCAAGCUCGGCAAGCGAUGAAGAUGACGAAAAUGAAGACACCAGACAGGAGGCGGAGGAGGACAACGACCAAGCUGCAUGGACGGGCUUCAACGAUGAAAAUCUCAGCGGAUCUGAACGGGAGGACGACGAUGAAGACGAAAAUUGGGACUCAGACUCCGACUCAUCCCAAAACUAUGAUGACCGCUCAAACAUAUCCGACGAUGACGACGCCAGUUCCAUCUCUUCACAUUCCAUAUCGCCACCAAGGACGGGACGAACAAAGCCCAUUCUUCCCAAAGAGAAAUUGAAAGGCAAGGCGGGAGAAUCGACGUUCUUACCAUCUCUCGCCAUCGGCUUCAUCAGCGGCAGCAACUCAGACUCCGACUGGUCUAAUGACGCAGAAGCUCGCAAAAUCGCGGACUUGCCCGUAAAGAAGAACAGAAGAGGUCAAAGAGCACGGAAAGCGAUCUGGGAGAAGAAGUAUGGAAAGAACGCAAAUCAUCUUCGGAAGCAACGUGAGAACGAAGUGAACGCCGCUGCACGUGGGGCAUUUCACAAUUCCUUACCUUAA